CUCCUCCCACACAGACAAACCAACACAAACAUAUCUGUGCAGUGAGUAGUACACUCUCUAUAACUACCCGUCCUUGUUAGGGCACCUACAGGGAUAAAACACCACUAGAGACAUAAGAGAUGGCCCAAAGUUUCCCAGAGAUAGUGGAGCUGAACGUGGGCGGUCAGGUGUAUGUGACCCGACUAGAGACUCUCACCGCGGUGUCCAGCUCUCUGCUGUGGACCAAGUUCACCCAGAGCUCUCCGGGAGACCUGCCCAAAGACAGCAAGGGCCGCUUCUUCUUCGACCGGGACGGCUUUCUGUUCCGCUACAUCCUGGACUACCUGCGGGACUCUGAGCUCUUCCUGCCGGAGUUCUUCAAAGAGAGACGGAGGCUGCAGAGAGAAGCGGACUACUUCCAGCUGCCGGAGCUCUCCAGGCGGCUCUCUGUAGUCACUACCACCGCGGAGGACACGGAGCCGGAGGACGCGGAGCUCCUCACCACCAGCCCGGUCACCUCCUCCUCCUCCUCCUCGGACCGGACACCCGGAGCCACCGCCGGAUACAUCACCAUCGGGUACAGAGGCAGCUACACCAUCGGUAGAGACAUCCAGGCGGACGCCAAGUUCCGCAGAGUCGCCCGGAUAACCGUCUGCAGCCGGAUCUCUCUGGCCAAAGAGGUGUUUGGAGAAACCCUGAACGAGAGCCGAGACCCGGACCGCCCCCCGGACAGGUACACCGCCAGGUAUUACCUCAAGUAUAACUUUCUGGAGCAGGCGUUUGACCGGCUGGCCGAGGCUGGUUUCCACAUGGUGGCCUGCAACUCCACCGGGACCUGCUCAUACGCCAGUAAUGACCCGGGGGAGGACAAACUGUGGACCAGUUACACCGAGUAUGUGUUCUCCCGAUGAACCUGAACUGCUCACCUGCUGGGUGUGCAUCCAUGAAUCACUCCGCCUGGUUUAACUAUAAGGAGCAGAAUCAGUUAGUUUCUACUUUUAAUUAACAGUUGUGUUAUAGUUUCAUUUUAUUGUGUUUUUUUGUCACUCUCUGCUCUGUAAUAAUAAUACAUAAUAAUGAUAAUAAACUUUAUUUUGUAUAGCACCUUUCCAAACAUAGUUACAAAGUGCUUUACAUAAGUUAAAGUA